AUAUUGGCACAGCUAGCGACUGAAUCUCAGCGCACAUCCCGUGGAGGACUACAGGAGCGAGACGGCCCGCCGCCGGUGGAAUCGAACGCGGCGGCGCCCACCCCCAACCCCCCGAGCCAGCCGGCGCGUGCUCCUCCGAGCUCCGCCACUCCGCACCGCGAGGCCGACCUGAAUCACUGAUGACCUGAUCAGAGCAGAUCAGGGGGGAAAGAUAAAGUUUUAGGGGCCCUAGAUACUCCUGACUGCAAAUAGGUGCCUAGCCUCGAUGGCGAUGCCUGGAUCCUGCCCCUCGACGGUGGCCCCGUCAGCCGGCCAUCCUCCCAUCUGCCUCGCCGAUGCUUCAGGGCGAGCGGGAUCCCAAGACAUGCUGCGGCCGCGUCUGGUGCUCUUCGGCGACUCCAUCACCGAGCAGUCCUUCCGCCCUGGCGGUUGGGGAGCGGCCCUUGCCGAUACCUACUCCCGCAAGGCCGAUAUUGUUGUCAGAGGCUAUGGUGGGUACAACUCAAGAUGGGCUCUGUUCCUGAUCCAGCGCAUCUUUCCCCUGGUUGGCUUGCCACCCGUUGCGACGACUAUAUUCUUUGGCGCUAAUGAUGCAGCGCUUCUAGGACGAACAAGCCAGCGGCAACAUGUUCCGGUUCAGGAGUAUAAACAGAAUCUCAAAACAAUUGUUAAUCACCUGAAGGAUUGUUCCAAGUCCAUGGUAAUUUUGCUUAUCACUCCACCUCCUAUCGAUGAAGAUGGAAGAGAAAGAUAUGCACGAUCACAGUAUGGAGAAGAUGCGAGGAGGCUCCCUGAAAGAACAAAUGAAAUGGCUGGCGUCUAUGCAGGUCAAUGCAUAGAACUUGCCAAAGAAAUGGAUGUACAGUGUGUUGAUCUUUGGUCAAAGAUGCAAGCCACUGAAGGUUGGCAGAAACUUUACUUAAGUGAUGGACUGCAUCUGACGCCGGAAGGAAACGCUCUGGUCCACAAGGAGGUCGUCCAGACCUUGAGAGGCGCUGGUCUGAAAGCUGAAGAUAUGCCACAUGACUUCCCCCAUCAUUCCAAAAUCGAUGGGGUUUACCCGGAAAGGGCCUUCCAGUGAAGUGGUUUCAGGCAGUGUGAUGUUCAAGUUCUGAACCGCUUGCUUCCUCGUUCUUUUUGCUUUUCCUUGUGUUUUAAUUUUUUUUUCUUUUGGUGUGAAACUUCUGAACUGUGAAAUUUCACGUCCAUUUUUCAGCCCAUUGAAAUAGUUGGGUGUGCCAUAGAAAAAUUACAAGUAGAUGACAUGAUUUUUCGGUGGAUUGCUGCUCAGAUUGUCUCUACUACAAUUUACAAUACAAGGAACACAGUGGCUAA